GUUGUACCUCCCACAUGGGGUGACCAAAGGCUUAGUGUGAGCCUGAUUAGUUAUGUAGCUGAUGGAUACAAGAUGUUAGUAAAGACGAGCACCCAAACAAAUGCAUGGACAUAGACAUACUUCUGUACCAGUUUCAAAGAAGAUGGUGGCCACUGUGCACACCUUGCUCACCUCAAGUAAACAUGUUCAACCUGAUGAGCAACUGCUGCACCUGGGUCUCCAAAAUACAGGAACCAAUCAGGAAAGUGACCAUUCUUGUGGUUGGUCUUGACAAAGCAGGAAAAACAUCCUCCAUCAGAGGCAUGUUAAGAGUCCCCAAUGGUGUCGAAUCAGGACCCACCCAUGGCUGCAUUAGAUAUGAGCUGAGAGUGGAGAACUACCUGGUCACACUCUUUGAUGUUGGAGGAUCCGCAGAGUCGCGUGGAGCCUGGAGGGAGCUCUAUGGAGAGGCUCAUGGCAUCAUCUUUGUGGUGGACUCCAAUGACAGGCAAAGGAUAAAGGAGGCCAGGGAGGUUCUUUCAGACCUGCUGAAACAGCCAAGGGUAGCAGGAAAGCCCCUACUAGUGUUGGCCAACAAACAGGAUAAAAUGAACGCUUUGCUGGGUAGUGAAUUGAUUGAGAUUUUGUGUUUAGAGAAGCUGGUCAACCAGAGCCGCUCUCUGUGCCAUAUUGAGCCUUGUUCAGCCUUAAUGGACCUGCGACGCUGGUCAGACAGAAAGACUCUGCGAGGUCUUCGCUGGUUGCUGCGAGCUGUUUGUCUGGAUUAUCCAGAGCUGUGUGCUCGAGUAGCUCAGGACAGCAAAAGGCCUCUGGAGCCAAGAGAGAGGGAGAAGAAUGGAAAAGUGCAAAGAAAAACCAAGGUUGAACGAAUAAGAUCCAGCAAGUCAGACCUUCGCAAGGUUCAUCGGCCCAAAGACAAGGAAAAAAAGCCCAAGAGCGAAGGAAAGCUGCAACCUAUUCGGAACAUGCUGCAAAAGGACACUUCACUGAAAAAGAAGCUUAAAACGCCGAAGAAGAAGAAGCCGGUUAAGGUGAAGGAAGAUGAAAAAGAUGAAGAGCCAGACAAUGAACAAGAAGAGGAAGAGGACGGUGAUGGCAAUGAAGGAGAGCAAGAAAACUCCGGCCACAGAGACAAAGCCAGCAGUGCCCUGAUCCCUCCAAAAAAAGGCAAACUUAAACGCAAAACAAAGGUGAAAGAAGAGACACUGGAUGUGCCAGAGUCACCCGAGAACGACGAGAAGCCACUGAAAGUUAAAGGAGAAAAGAGGAAGAAGAAGAGAGCCGUGAAAGUAAAAAGAAAAAACAAGAUCAACACAGAGGAGAUGCCUGCAGCUUAUUCUCAGCCCGCUGACCUCUCUGCAACCUUUGAUCUUUACCGGAAAGCAAUACUAGCUCUGAAAGAACGUCAGGAUCAGGGACAGUGAGAGUGAGUCCUGCUUGUGUCCUGCCCCCUGAGUGUGAGGAUGUGGGUCCACAGCAGCAGUAUACAACACACUGCAUUCCUUCACACACACACACACACACACACACACGCUACUCCUGUAUCACUUCCCAUAUUGUAGGCUUUCAACCUGAUCCCUGAACCUUUGGAGUGAAGUGGCAGAUUCCGAAGAGUAGUGAAGGGCAGGUCUGAAUAUUUGUCUAUGGAUAAUAUCAAAUUCUAAAAAUAUGUGUUAAAUCAAAACUUGUGUGAAUGGCCAAAAUGUUAAAGAGGAUUUUGUUUAUAUAAACUUUUGCAAUUUUGAAUGUAAGGAAAACAGGAUUUUUAAAAUGUUUCUUUUUAUUGUUUAAACAUUAAACACAGUGCACUGGGGAAAGUACUGCAUAUUGUUGAACCGAUCGCUUGUAUAUUACAACCGUGUUUAUCAUAUAAUAAACGUCUGUCAGUACAUUUG